AUGCAAGUGAAUGCGGGGAUGAUGAGGAGGAGUGAUGGGAGCUCCAAGAUCAUCGGCAGCUCUUCGUCUUCUCGCGCUUCCACCUGUGCAACGGUCAGCGUGGAGACCCAAUUGAUUGCCCACGAUCCACACCCAUUCACUCGCCCACUCCUCGUCUCUCUCCACCCGCCCCGUCUUGUCGCCUCGUCCGCAACACUGGCAAGACCCAAACUCCAUCACCGCUCCUACUCUUCGCCCGCUCAGCCCAGCGAGGCUCUUCGACUACAUUAUUCAGCUCCGCCGCCUGCGCCGGUGCACGAGGAAGCCCAGGAGCUUCCGUUCUUGAGGGAACUCAGAGGCAGCAAGAGGACUUUCGCAGCCAAGCUCUUCGACCGCGUUACCGAGCCUGCUACUCUGGUCACCUUCGUCGUCCUCCUCUCGCUAGUAGUCUUACAGUUCAUCCUACCACUGCCAUACAGCAACUUGCUCUUCUUUCGCAGCUCCUACCCGCCGCAACCGCCUCCGAGCUGUCCCUCGCCGAACGCGUUCGUCCAAGAGCUCUACUGCCGCGCACCACCGCACGUACCCGGGAGCCUCUACAACCAAAGCCCACGCAGCAUGGCUCUCGCCCAGGCCGCCGAGCGCGUCGCCACCGAGUUCGAGUACAACAAGCAAGAUGUGAAUCGCGGCGUACACGAGUUCAUUCGCCAAAUGGACGAAGGACUCGAGAAGACUGGCGCAACAAUGUCGCAGAUUCCUACCUAUGUGACGGCUGUUCCAAACGGUACGGAGAAGGGUCUGUACAUGGCUGUUGAUCUUGGAGGCACAAACUUCCGCGUCUGCUCGAUUCAGCUGCAUGGAAACAGUACCUUCUCUCUCACGCAGAGCAAGGUUGCGAUUCCUAAGAAUCUGAUGGUUGCGAAGACGAGCCAUGAGCUAUUCAGCUUCUUGGCGAAGCAGAUCGAGCUAUUUCUGAAGACACACCAUGGAGAGCAGUAUCAGAGUCACAAGGAGAGGAGAAGCAGUGUCUUGACGGGCGACAAAGAGGAGGAUGUCUUCAGCUUGGGGUUCACAUUCAGUUUUCCAGUACAACAGAGCGGUAUCAACAAGGGCACACUCAUUCGGUGGACCAAGGGUUUCGAUAUUCAUGAUACUGUUGGAAAGGAUGUUUGCGCUCUACUGCAGCAGGAGAUCGAUGCGCUAGGCCUGCCGGUGCGUGUGGCAGCCUUGGUGAACGAUACGGUUGGUACGCUCAUGGCGAGAUCAUACACAUCGCCUGGAAAGACUGGGACAUUGCUGGGAGCCAUCUUUGGUACAGGUACCAAUGGAGCCUACGUGGAGAAGUUGGAGAAGGUCACCAAGCUCAAGAAGAUGGGUGCCGCGGCAGGAGACAUCGAUACAAGCACCGGCGAGAUGAUCAUCAACACCGAAUGGGGUAGCUUCGAUAACCACAUGUCUGUCUUGCCCGACACAUCCUACGAUCGCGACCUCGACAGAGAGAGCGUGAAUCCAGGCAUCCAGAUGUUUGAGAAGCGAGUGAGCGGCAUGUUCCUGGGUGAGAUUCUGCGACGAUCGUUGAUCAAACUCCUCAACGACAAGGCCGUGCCACUUUUCAGCGACGAGGAUAGCAACCAGAACGAUGUCCACAGCACAACAAACGUCGCACCAGAUUCGCCGCUUUACAAGCAAUGGGGCCUGGAUACCAGCUUUCUGUCCAUUACUUCAGGCGACAACUCAGCCGGCCUGAAGGUGACCAGACAAACUCUUGACAAAGAGUACGGUGUCACAGCAGCCUCGGCAGAAGAUGCUGAAGCGGUACGCCUCAUUGCUUCUUCCAUUGGCAAGCGUGCUGCUCGUCUGUCUGCUGUUGCAAUCGCAGCCAUUGUCCUUGCUACGAACGCCCUCAAGAAGCCAGCUGAGAUCGCAACGACCAACAACGCUACGCUCGAGGUCAACGAAGAUGACAUUGUCGAUAUUGGUGUUGAUGGUAGCUUGGUGGAAUUCUACCCUCGUUUCGAAGAGUACAUUCGCGAAGCGCUGCAGGAGAUCCCUGAAAUUGGACCGCAGGGCGAGAAGAAGAUCCGUAUUGGCAUCGCAAAAGACGGCAGUGGUGUUGGUGCAGCAUUGAUCGCGUUGGUGGCAGACAAGGCGAUGAAGGGAGGCUACCCGUCAAGUUCCCCAGGUGGCAUCGCAGGAUUCAUUCAAAGCGUCUUCGAGAACAUCAACCGCAGCAUCAGAUUGAGAGUAUAG